AUGAUAAUAGAACAGGAACGAAACUCAAAAGCUACUCCUGAAAUCAGUAAUGCAGCAGAAACUAUUAAAGAAAAUGGAAGUAAUAGUAGUGGUGGGACUAAUGGAGCUGAGAUAAAAAAACCAAAUUACGAGUUAAAGUAUACCUUGGUUGGGCAUAAGAAAGCCGUGUCUAGUGUAAAGUUCUCUCCUGACGGAAAGUGGUUGGCUAGUUCUUCUGCCGAUAAAACAAUCAAAAUUUGGAACGCAUUAGACGGUAAAUUUGAGCGGACGUUAGAAGGACACUCGAAAGGUAUCUCCGACGUAGCAUGGGCUACUGACUCGAUGUAUCUCUGUUCUGCUUCCGACGAUAAAACAAUACGAAUCUGGAGCUUGAGUUCAACAACUUGUGUCAAGACCCUAACAGGCCACACAAAUUUUGUAUUCUGCGUGAAUUAUAAUCCGCAGUCAAGUUUGAUUGUGUCAGGGUCGUUUGACGAGAGCAUACGAAUCUGGGAUGUGAAAAAAGGAGUUUGUAUGAAAGUGCUGGCUGCACAUUCUGAUCCGGUCACUGCCGUACACUUUAAUCGUGAUGGCACAAUGGUUGUGUCGUGUAGCUAUGAUGGGUUAAUUCGUAUUUGGGAUACAGCAACCGGUCAAUGCUUAAAAACCUUAAUUGACGAUGACAAUCCACCAGUAUCCUUUGUAAAAUUCUCACCAAACGGCAAAUACAUACUCGCCUCGACACUUGACAAUACGCUUCGCCUAUGGAAUUACCAUUCCGCAAAAUGUUUGAAAACGUAUCAGGGCCACGUGAACAACAAAUACUGUAUAUUUGCUAAUUUUUCCGUGACCAGCGGGAAAUGGAUAGUUAGUGGGAGCGAGGAUAAUUGUAUCUAUAUUUGGAAUUUGCAGAGUAAAGAAAUUGUGCAGAAACUUGAAGGGCAUGAGGAUGUGGUGUUAUGCGUCGCGUGUCAUCCUACACGAAAUAUUAUUGCGUCUGGUGCCAUCGAAAACGACCGAACAGUAAAAUUAUGGUUUGACACAACCUAA